CCAUGAACGCCAGCAGCCUGUUCUACCGUGCAAACAAUCCUCCAUCCCGUCUUUGUUUCGGCACAGCUUCAACGACCGACUCGGCUCUCGACACCGCCUUACCUGACGCCUUCCAUAGAUCUACAAGCACGGUUUUCAUUGUCGCUUUGAUCUGAUCCGUCCCUUGAGCUGCCGUGAAAUUGCUGGAAAAUGGAGGCGCACUAAAGAGGGGUUCAACCAUGUUUCUUCGGCGCCAGUCCUGCCGAAUCUGAGAAUGCCGAAUACUGCACCGACUUCACAGCUGCUUGGGUUAUAGUAGCUUUGCGGACGAGGAUAUCACAUCCUGAGGUCCCUUUGGCAUAUUCACUCUGCCACACAUCUAACGUUAGUGGCUGGCAAUGGACGCCCAGAUUGAGAAUGCGAUCGAAAUCGCCUGGAACCCUUCGUCAGAUCAGGCUCUUAAGGGCCAGGCUUUCGAAUUCCUGAACCAGCUGCGUACCGAUCCGCAGGCUUGGCAAGUCUGCACAGAUCUCUUCACCCGAAAUCCACGAGCAUCCGAGGUCGUUCGCCUUGUAUCGCUAGAGAUAGUCAACAAUGCCGUCCACUCCCAAGCUCUGGACGCUGCCAGCCUCGCCUUCCUCAAGCAAUCACUGCUUGACUACAUCGGACGUGUGUAUGGGGGGGACGCUCAGGAGCCAGUCGACCCAGCACACCUUCAAAACAAGCUUACCCAGACGCUGACCUAUCUCUUCGUCUUUCUGUACAAGGAGGGCUGGGAGAGUUUCAUUGAUGACUUCUUGACCCUCGCCCAAAAGGACAACCUCCCAGGGGUGAUUAUGUACCUUCGCAUACUAGGGUCAAUCCACGACGAAAUUGCUGAUGUUAUGCUGAGCCGACAAGGGAACGAGGCCAAGCGCAACAAUGAUCUGAAGGACUUGGUUCGCGAGCGAGACAUGCGCAAGAUUGCCGCGUCCUGGCAAGACAUACUAGCUCGGUACAGCAACCAAAAUGACAGCGUGGUCGAGUCGACGCUCAAGAUCGUGGGGAAGUGGGUGAGCUGGAUGGAUAUCCACCUUGUUAUUAACCAGGAUAUGCUCAACCUCCUGCUGCCCCUGGUCGGGAGGUCGAAACCGGCCGGCGGCGAAGACAAAGUGCGAGACGUGGCGGUUGAUACUCUCACCGAGGUCGUGGCAAAGAAGAUGAAGGCCAGCGACAAGAUCGAGAUGAUUUCGUUUCUCAAUCUCCGCGAGAUUGUUACGCAGCUACUGGCAAGCGCCCCUCUCCAAGAGUGGAAGGGAACGCCACGGUACGAUAAUGAUCUUGCCGAAGCCGUUGCCAAACUGGUCAACACUAUCAUGACGGACGUUGUGCGCGUACUGGAAGACAAUAAGGUUGAGACCGAUACCAGGGCAAAGGCCGAACAGCUCCUUCAGGAUUUCCUGCCAUCCCUACUCCGACUCUUUUCGGACGAGUAUGACGAAGUCUGCUCGACCGUCAUACCUUCCUUGACCGAUCUCUUGACCUUCCUUCGGAAGGUCGGAACGCUCCCGCCCAGCUAUGCUGGCAUGUUGCACCCGAUUCUGAGCGCUAUCGUGCUGAAGAUGAGGUACGAUGAGACGUCCAAUUGGGGGAACGAGGACGAACAGACGGACGAGGCCGAAUUCCAAGACCUGCGGAAGAAGCUUCAGAUUCUUCAAAAGAGUGUUGCCUCUGUCGAUGAGAAUUUGUGCAUAGAGUUUUUGAGUGAAUUGGUGGCAAAUAUGUUUGCGACGCUGGAACAGCAAGGUCCGCAAAUGGAUUGGAGGGAUCUCGACCUUGCUCUGCAUGAGAUCUAUCUGUUCGGCGAGUUAGCGCUGCCAAACAUGGGAUUGGCUCAGAAGAGUCAGCCCAACACCAUUGCCGCUGAACGGCUCGCCGUGAUGAUGAGCAAAAUGGUCGAGUCAGGCAUCGCAAACUAUCCUCACCCCGCCAUCCUUCUUCAGUAUAUGGAAAUCUGUGCCCGGUACAAUAGCUUCUUUGAGGAUCAGCAGCGCUACAUCCCUCAAGUGCUCGAGAACUUUGUUAGACUGGUCCAUCAUAACCACGUCAGGAUCCGAACGAGGUCCUGGUACCUGUUCCAUCGGUUCGUGAAGACGCUAAGGGCACAAGUUGGCAAUGUAGCCAAGACUGUAAUUGAAUCCAUCAGCGAUCUUUUACCGAUCGAAGCCGAGGUUCCCGGCGCCGAUGCUGACGACGACAUGUCGUCAGACGAAUCUGACCACUCGGCCGACGCCGUCUUCAACAGCCAGCUCUACCUUUACGAGGCCAUCGGAUGCAUCUCAUCUACCUCGGCCACACCCGCUGCCGAACAGGCGCUAUACGCGCGCUCCGUCAUGGAGCCACUCUUCUCCGACAUGAGCGCGCACCUAGAACGGGCAAAAUCAGGGGAUGCCCAAGCCAUCUUACAGGUGCACCACAUCGUAAUGGCCUUGGGCACCCUCGCAAACGGAUUCGCCGACGCGACUGCUUCACAAGGAGACCGACGUCCAGCACCACCACAGCCUAUAUCAGACGAAUUCUCGAGGGCGGCCGAGGCGAUUCUCAUCGCACUCGACCAGCUCAAUGGCAGCGGGGAGAUUCGCGCCGCGUGCCGAUCGGCCUUCUCACGACUGCUGGGGGUGCUAGGUUCGGCUGUGCUGCCGCAGUUACCGCAGUGGAUCGAAGGGUUGCUUUCUCGCAGCUCAAGCAAAGAUGAGAUGGCCAUGUUUCUCCGGCUCCUGGAGCAAGUGGUUUACAACUUCAAGGGCGAAAUUUACAACAUUCUGGAUCUCUUACUGACGCCACUGCUCGAGCGGGUAUUUGGCGGGCUGUCCGAGCCCAUCAGUGGCACGGACGACGAGAUCCAGUUGCAAGAACUGAGGCGUGAAUACGUCUCGUUCGUGCAAGUCAUCCUCAUUAACGAUCUCGGCGGCGUUCUGGUUAGCUCGUCAAACCAGGGUAUAUUUGAAUCGCUGGUGAAAUCCAUCAUUAACAUUGCGAAGACGCUUACGCACGGCAAUCUGGUGCCGAGCCGUAUCGCCUUCAACGUCCUCGGUCGGAUGGCCUCCCAAUGGGGAGGGCCGGAUGUUGCCACGGUCGGCGAGAACCCAGCCACGACAGGCGCGCCGGCGCCAGCCAUUCCCGGCUUUGACCAAUUUAUGAUCGAUCAGUUCCAUGGGCUCUGCUGGGAGGUGCUGCAGGAUGCGGGGUUCCGGCCUUACAGUGAUGCCCAGUCGCGGCAAAUCCUGAACGAAAUCGCUGGUAUCGAGCGAGUUAUUUAUGUCAAGACGGGCGACUCCUUUAUCCGGCAUCUGCAAACAAACACGUUUCCCCAGCUCGGCAUAGAUGGCACCGAGUACUUGCGCGUGCUGACCACGUCGGCGGAGCGAAAGCCAGUGGUUGCGUAUCUCUUAGAUCUUCUUAAGAGCCGGAGGUAGCAGGGACAAUACAGAACAUAUAUACGUUAGCCAUCCGCUAGCUAACUGAUAGAGACAGCCAAGACAGCUUGAAUCUGACUAGAUUGGCAAAUUACCCGACUGAUUUAUGAUCGUUGCCUUGUCUCCUGUCCGUUUGUUUUGACGUUUGUUACGGUUGUACUCCGUACCUGGUUGUUGUUCAUUGUAUCAUCUGGAUCUCGUGGUUGCCAGCCCAGGCCUACCCACGGGAAGUGCAAGCUUAGUAGUACUAGUAGUUCAACUAGUUGAGAAC